AUGGAGUGCCAGAAGAACUUUGCGACGACAAAUCAGAGAUUGGUUGGCCUUAUCUCGACAAAGGAUGGCUCUGCCCUUCAAGGCUAUGAUAUCUCUCUUGCCGCCAAUGAGCGAUUAAAGCUGGAUUAUCAUUUCCUGGGCGAGCGGGGCUUCUCCUCAAUUGAGGAAUUUGACGACACUGGUUUGAUCUGGCAACGUCAUUUCUGGUCUGAAGCCGAGACAGAGCCGAAGACUCGUAUCAGAGUUAUAUGGGGUGUUGCUAGGCUAUAUGACCGAUAUCGCGAAGCAAUUUGGAAUGGGAUUAUCUCUAUCUCGGAGGAUGUGGCCGUCGAAAUCUCCGUCCGUUCGGUGGGUUGGAACAUAGCCCGGAAGACUCUGUUCGGCGCACUGAUGAUCGCUCUGCUGAAUUCUCAAGCAAGACAAGCGGAGACCUGGACGGGGCCAAUGUCACCUUCUGAGGCGGUCAAACGCCCCUCGAAGAUCAAGAUUACAGGCUUACUUGGAGGGUAUGUCAAGUUUGGAGACGCGCUAGCUGGCAACUCGCAUAAGGCUUAG